CGCGCGCCGCCCAGCCCCACUCGCGCAGCGCGGGCUUCCGCCGGCAGCUUUGUCCACCUGCCCGGCCCGCUUCGUCCCGCGCCGCCGCGCGCCGCGCGCCGUGCGCCGGAGCCCCGGGGCCCGGCCGCCGCUUCGAAGGGCCGUCCGGGACACCGCCCGCUGACCCGGCCGCGGGAAGGGGGCGCGCCCAGGCGUCGCGACGGGCCUCGCGCACCCCGGGCCACGCACGGAGCGGCCUCGGCGGCAGGGGAAGCGUCCCCGUCCUCACUCAGCAUGUCCCGACGCAGCCAGCGCCUCUCGCGCUACUCCCAAGGGGACGAUGACGGCGGCAGCAGCAGCAGCGGGGGGAGCUCGGUGACCGGGAGUCAGAGCACCCUGUUUAAAGACAGUCCUCUCAGGACCUUGAAGAGGAAAUCCAGCACCAUGAAGCGCCCGUCCCCGGCCCCCCAGCUGGGCCCCUCCUCAGACUCCCACACCUCCUACUACAGCGAGUCGGUGGUCCACGAGUCCUACAUCGGCAGCCCCCGGGCCGCCUCCCUGGCCAGGAGCGCCCUCCUGGACGAGCGCCUGCGCAGUGAGCCCUACUGGAGCGAGGACCUGCAGGUGAGGAGGAGGAGAGGCACCGGCGGCACGGAGAGCAGCAAGGCCAAUGGGCUGGCAGAGAGCCGGGAGGACUUCCUCGGCUCCUCCUCGGGCUACUCCUCGGAAGAUGACUUUGCAGGCUACCCCGACGUGGACCCGCACAGUUCGGGGUCUCGGCUGGGCAGCGCCGUGUCUCGAGCGGGCUCCUUUGUCUGGAUGGUGUUCACUUUUCCAGGCCGGCUCUUCGGACUCCUCUACUGGUGGGUUGGCACCACGUGGUACCGCCUGACCACAGCUGCCUCCCUCCUGGAUGUCUUCGUGUUGACCCGGUCCAGGCGCUUCUCCUCUUUGAAACCGUUCCUCUGGUUCCUCCUGCUGCUGCUCCUGCUGACCGGCCUGACCUACGGUGCUUGGUAUUUGUACCCGCACGUGCUGCACACUUUCCACCCGGCCGUGGCCUCCUGGUGGGCACUGGGCGGCAGAAGGCAUCCUGAGGUGUGGGAAUCCAAGGACGCGUCCCGGCACAUCCAGGCUGAGCAGCGCCUUCUGUCCCGCAUCCACACCCUCGAGCGCCGCCUGGACACCCUUGCUGCCGAGUUCUCCUCCAGCUGGCAGAAGGAGGCCAUUCGGCUGGAGCGCCUGGAGCUCCGGCAGGGGGCCGCUGGCCAUGGCGGCGGUGGCCUGAGCCACGAGGACGCCCUGGCCCUCCUGGAGGGGCUGGUGAGCCGCCGCGAGGCGGCCCUGAAGGAGGACUUGCGCAGAGACGCCACAGCCCGCAUCCAGGAAGAACUGGGCGCCCUGAGGGCCGAGCAUCAGCAGGACUCUGAAGACCUCUUCAAGAAGAUCGUCAGGGCCUCCCAGGAGUCCGAGGCUCGUGUCCAGCAGCUGAAGUCAGAAUGGCUAAGGCUGACUCAGGAGACCUUCCGGGAGAACUCGGAGAAGGAGCUGGGGCAGCUGGAGGCCCAGCUGACCAGCCUGCGGCAGGAGCUGGCGGCCCUGACCCAGAAGCAGAGCUCCGUGGCUAAGGAGGUGGGGCUCCUGCCCCAGAAGAUCCAGGCUGUGCGGGAGGACGUGGAGUCCCAGUUCCCCACCUGGAUCAGUCAGUACCUUGCUCGAGGAGGGGGCGCCCACCCCAGCCUCCUCCAAAGGGAGGAGAUACACACGCGGCUGCAGGAGCUGGAGAGCAAGAUCCUCGCCCACGUGGCAGAAACGCAGGGCAAGUCAGCGAGCGAGGCUGCCGCUUUCCUGAGGCAGACGCUGCAGAAAGAAGGCGUGGUCGGGGUGACGGAGGAGCAGGUGCACCGGAUCGUCAAGCAGGCCCUGCAGCGCUACAGCGAGGACCGCAUCGGGCUGGUAGACUACGCGCUGGAGUCCGGAGGGGCCAGUGUCAUCAGUACCCGGUGUUCAGAGACCUACGAGACCAAGACGGCCCUGCUCAGCCUCUUCGGCAUCCCCCUGUGGUACCACUCGCAGUCGCCGCGCGUCAUCCUCCAGCCAGAUGUGCACCCAGGCAACUGCUGGGCCUUCCAGGGGCCCCAGGGCUUCGCGGUGGUUCGCCUCUCUGCUCGCAUCCGCCCCACGGCUGUCACCUUAGAGCACGUGCCCAAGGCCUUGUCACCCAACAGCACCAUCUCCAGUGCCCCCAGGGACUUCACCAUCUUUGGGUUCGACGAAGACCUGCAGCAGGAAGGGACGCUUCUUGGCACGUUCACCUAUGACCAGGACGGGGACCCCAUUCAGACCUUCUACUUCCAGACCCCGAAAAUGGCCACGUACCAGGUGGUGGAGCUGCGGAUCCUGACCAACUGGGGCCACCCCGAGUACACCUGCAUCUACCGCUUCCGGGUGCACGGGGAGCCUGCCCACUAGCCCCUCCUCCCUCCCCCCCCCCCCCCCG